AACUGACUAUGCCAUCAUCACUAUAAUAUUAUUAAUAUUAAAUAUGCAUACUCAGGCCCAGGCAGCAUAGUCUAUCUAGAAUAAAAUCUAGCUAGAUUGCUAGAUUUAGAUCUAUCUUAUCUAUCAUCUAUAAAAUAAUCAUCUAGAGAUCUAGUUGCCAGAUCUAAACUAGUCUAGCCCAGUCUAGGACUAGAAAUAAGAAUUGACUAGAACUAGAGUUUAGAUCUAUUCAUCUAAUCAAACCUAAUGUAGAUCUAGUAAUGUCUGAUAAUCUUCUAAUCCAAAUGAUCUGAGAUUGAGAUCUAUUCUAUUCUAGAUAUCGAGACAAAUCUAGAGUCUAUGUCUAUAUUAUAUCUAGAUUAUAGAUCCUAGCCCGAAAUUGACAUAAAUAUUAUAUACUAGUCGACCAGCGGCAUAGCAUACGCCGCUAUUUUGCAGGGCCGUCUUAGGCCACUGCAACCUAUGUGACCGAAGGAUCCGCACUUUCAUGGAACCCGCGCUAAUUCAAGACAGAAAUGAAGAAGAUGUGACAAUCCUGAUGUUCUUAAAUUUCAGUUGCAUAAGAAUUUAAAUUAGGAGUGAUGUCACCAUCUUAUAUAGAAUAGACUACAGAUUAUUCAACCAAAAAUGAAGCUAUCACAGGAAUCAGUUGAGAAAACAGUGAGUGUCAUUCUGAGAGUGCCUGCACUGUUUCUUAUAGAAGUGUGGUUCCGUACUAACCCACAUAAGACCAUCAAGCUCCAUUCAGAUGAUGUUGAGAUAAUCCUUACAAUAGCUUAUUACAUGGCACUUAUAAUUGCAGUGGCCAUAGCAACUCUUCCUCUGAGACAUCUUGUCACCUUCUACAUCUAUCUUGUUUGUGCUGGUCUAAUGGCAUGUGCCAAGAUGGUCUCUAAAGUUUACGUUUCUGUAGAGAAACUAGAGCAUGAAGAAGAAAUGGAAGCUGCAGAAAAAGAGAACAUCACUUUGAACCAUGGAUUGUCUGCCCUGCUUGAAGACCGAAAGCAUAUUGAGCGAUUGAUUCUGCACAUAUUUGCUCAAGUUUUCAUUGCUGCUGUGGUGGCCUACCUGAUGGAGAUAAAAAAUUGGGUCAAGUUCACACUGUUAGCAUUUGCUCUGCCUGUGGUUGCAAGAUUAGCUGGGUUUCCGGUUACAGAACUGCAUUUAGUUCAUGAUUUUGCUACCGUUUACACAAUUCUCCUAAUCCUUUUUUGCAUAUUUAACAACCUAGGCAAUAUCAUUGAUAUCUGUAAAGAAGGUAUCAAUGUUGCCAUAGCAUCUUUUCGUACUUUUGGCAUCAUUCCAGUCGUGCUGACUUUCUGGAGGACUAUGGCUGUUCCUGUACAGCUGGCUUUAUUUUGGGGGCUUAUGUUCCUCUCACAGAUCUACGUCUAUGUCAAUUCUGAAAACCUGGGCAUUUGGCAAGAGGGAUGGCUGGUCAUCUUGUUGGCAAGUAUGGGAGAGUGUUGUGCUACGCCUGUCAGCCUGUUGGCACUUUGUGUAUCAAUUACUUAUGUUUCAUGUGCUGUGCUUUGUCUGACAAAGCUUUAUCUGCAAGGGUUGGAUGCCUUUGAGCAUGAUACCAUGAGGGGAUGGACGGAGGGAUUCACAAUGUUACUAAUUGCUCUGCAGACAGAUCUUCUUGAACUGCGCCCUCUGCAGCGAGCAUUUUUAAUGAGCAUUCUUCUUUUCAUUGUGGCAUCAUCUCUUAUUCAGUCAAUGUAUGAGAUAGCUGACCCAAUAUUGCUUGCACUGAGUGCCUCCCACAACCCAAGUAUUUUCAAGCAUGUCAAAGCUGUUGCCCUGUGCAUGGUUCUUUGGAUGCUGCCACUCUACAUGACUUACUUUAUCUGCCAAUACUUCGAUAUGGACUUUUGGCUGAUGGUCAUAGUUUCCAGCUGCUUGUUAACUUCAGUGCAGAUCAUAGGCUCUCUGGUAGUCUACUCAUUAUUCAUGUAUGACUUUAUCAGGCCUGAGCCAUGGGAAAAACUUGAUGACGUUGUCUACUGUGCAAAAGCCAUAACAAGAGUUCUAGAGUUCAUUGUGGCUGUUUUUGUUGUAUGCUUCGGCAUAAAAGAGUCUCUCAUCGGAGAGUGGAACUUUAUCAAUGCUAUUAUACUGGUUGUUCAUUGCUACUUUAAUGUUUGGCAACGUCUUCAAAGUGGAUGGAAAAGCUUCCUUUUAAGAUGGGAGGCCGCUAAAAAGGUUGAGUCUCUCCCGUCGGCCACAGAGUCUCAGUUGGCACAACAUGAUGAUGUCUGUGCCAUUUGCUACAGUGACAUGAAGACAGCUUGUGUCACACCAUGUGACCACCUAUUUCAUGGUGUCUGUCUCAGAAAGUGGUUGUAUGUAAAGGAAACCUGCCCCAUGUGUCAUCGUGACCUGGCUAAAAAUCCUGGGCAACCAAGCCAGCCCCAGAAUCCAGUUUCAGCUGAAAUGGAUGAUGCAAACAAUUUGAAUGUGCGCCCUGAAGAUGUACAAGACAAUGACAACAAACAAGACACUUCGGAUUGUUCUAGUUCUUCCAGUGACACAACAGAAGUGGACACAUUUGAUGUUGACUAUGAUGAUGAAGAAUUGGCGGAAGAAGAUCAGCUGACAUAGUCUUUUAAUUUACCACACUAAACAAAAAUCGUAUCUUCUUUCAAGAUUAUUUCUAUCAAAAUUUAUGUUGUUCUAAUUCAGAAUAAUUCUUAUUAUCCUCUUGGAAGAACUAUCCUGAUGCUGAGUCAGAGUAGUGAAUAGUAGCUGGUGCAUUGGUGUCUAAACAAAAUAUUGGGACAUUCUCAUAUGUGUUUUCUAUUAGUUAUAUUUAAUUGAUAGUGCAAUAUAGUUAAGGCAAAUGCUUGUAUAUAUUUGUUAUGUCUGCAUUUAUUAAUUCAUGUUUGUAAACCAGAAAACUUCUGAGCAUAAAUAUUUUGUGAUAGUAUUUUGUUUAUUAUGGGUAUGGUAUAUACAGUAUUAAUUGUAAUAAAUUAGAAAAAACUUAGCUCUUAAUGACACAUUUUUCUUUGUUAAAGGUUUUGUUCCCCAAAAAUGUUAUAGUUCAAGCAGAAAUAAUAAACCCUCAAUGAUUUCAGUUUACCACUGUUGUAUGAGAUUAUUUGACAGGCCAUUACUGAACUACCAAAAUUUUUUAAAUUGAAGUAAAAACUGACUAGCAACAAAAAGUUAUUUUUUAAUUUAUUUUUUUGUUUUCAAUUUUAAUUUUAAAAGUAUACAAAUACCGGUAUCUAAAUAAAAUAUUGAAAACUAUGUACUAUUAAAUGAAACACAUAAAUACAAUUAAGCAAAGAAACUAUACUGUAAUAGAUGCAAAGGUUGAAUCCAUGUGUAUAUGUGUAUGUAGUUGUUUUUAUUUGGUUCACAUAGAAAAGCGUCUGAACUCUCUGAGAGCCACUAAAUUUACUUAGAAGUUGUACUUCCUCGCAUCUUUUUCUAGCUUAAAACGAUGUUUCAUUGUAAAUUCCACGGGGUCAUUAUCUAAGACGAUCUCUAGCAUCUCUUGAUUAAAUCUUAAGUACAUCUUAUUUGAAAUUAAAUGUCAAUGCAUAACAAAGAUGCAAGGACAAGUAAAGAGCAUCUUGAAGGUUCAUCUGUACAAGUGUAGGCUGUUGACAGUUAUAAAUUUCACAUUACUGGGUAGGCUUAGAUAAUAGUUUAAACUUAAAAUAUGAAUUUUUUUUAAAUUCAGUUUUAUUUAUGAUAAUAAACUCUUACAAGUGAACUAUAGUCAAACCCCACCUCUUCCUUUUUUGUUGAACCUUACCUAUAUUUUUAAUGGCUCUUUUUAAUACCCGUUAUAUUGCUUUUAAAUAGCAAUGUCUCUGGUUGAAUAGUAGUAUCCUGAUGUUAUACAUAAUAGAGAUAUAUCUCUGUAUUACAUUACAUUAUAUAAGAAAUUACUUAACUAGAACAAACAAAUUUUCAAUGAAACACUAAAAGUAAAAAGUAAUGCUUUCAAUCAAUGUUUUUGUGAUAUUUUUAUUUUGCUUUGAGGUAGUACAUUUCCUUUUCAAUCCCAAUGACACUUCUGACAAUAAGCUCAAUGUUCAAACUAAUGGACAAAGUCCAACUCACCAACUGCCAUGUGUAAUGUACAUACAAUGUUAGCAUAUUUAUACAGUAAUUAGUCAGAACUGUACUUUGGCUUUUGAAAGUUAAUUUUCUUUAUUUCUAAUUUUUGAUAGCAAUAAUGAUACCUUUUUUUUUUUCACUUUAUUAAUUUAUAUCACAUUUGAAGAAAAAAAAAAGAUCUACAGCCAGGAUUUGAAUUUAAGGCUAAUGGCACGUUACAUUAUUCAUGUGGAAAAACAAACAAACUGAAAAAUCAAUCAAGAUGUUCAGAUUAAAGAUCACAAGAAAACCUAAUAAAGUUAUAGCUAAAAAUAAUUCUCUCACUGACUCUGAAGCCUUGAAUUUGUGCAUAGAUCUUUGGCAUCAGUUUUGUAUUGAUUUCUUUCAUUGUACUAUUUAAUUAUUUUCAUUUUCAAAUUCUUUGUACCUGAUUUGUAUGUUAUCUUGAAAUAAAUAUCUACAUUUUGUUUUUUU